CACACAUUUUACUGCUUUUCUCCACGAUUGUUCCUCGCAGUCGCAAUACGGCUUUUACUUACUUACCGAUUUCGAAUUUAUUUACUGAAAAUAUCUGUAUUUUUUGUAAUGAAGUAUAUAUCUGUUAGUUCAGUUAUUACUUUAAUUUUUGGGUUUUAUGUUAUAAAUACUAUUUGGACUCUAGCAGAGAUCUUUAUACCGCCAAAAUGCCGUCGUGGCCAAAGAUGUGUAGAGUCUUAUUUAAAUACAAAUCCUGCUCAACACCUUAUUUUAUAUACUUCAGUCAAAGAAUACCCGUCGCUUGAUGGAUCAUCCUCUGAAUCAGUUACAAAAAUUCACACUGUUAAAAAGUUUGAUUACAGAAGCCCAGCUACAUAUGACAUAAAUAUAAAGGUGCCCCGCAAAACACGUAAUAAUGGGACACUAUUCAUGCAUGCAGUGUUACUGGACGAUAGUUGGCUGCACAGUGACUUUGGUGAAAUACGAAGAGUAGCAUCCGUGCAUACCCUUCCCUUAGUGAUGCACAUUGAGCCCAAGGCGGAAACAUUUAAUUUGCUGCAGAAACAAGCAGCAGACAAAAAGACGAAAGAAGUUUCAGUUCAACCGUAUGCACACAUAGCGACUGUAGUGCCUUUGUCUAUAUUGUCAGACAACUUAACCUUUCCUAUAGAUAAAAUACCUGGAGAUUUACACUACUAUAUGAAAAUAAGAGGUCUGCUAUUUCGGCCAUUAAUACAGCACAAUGUGCUGAAAUCACGGUUAUCAAGCCUCCAGCUUUUAAACAGUAGUACUACAGAUGUGAAUGUAACUGUGAGUUUAGCUCCCACGUCAUAUGGAUCCUUUCGUCUGGCCCUUCAUGUGAGACUUGCAUUGGAGCAAUUUAACACACUAGGAUUCAGUCCAAAAGAUAUAGAUGAUGUUAAAGGAAUAUUUGCUGACACAAACCUGUACUUGUUGUCGGCCACUGUUUUGAUAGCCAGUUUUCAUUUGCUAUUCGACUUCCUGGCGUUUAAGAACGACGUGUCGUUUUGGCGCCGCAAGCGUUCGCUGGCGGGCCUGUCCUCGCGCACGGUGCUGUGGCGCGCCUUUUCGCAGGCUGUCAUCUUCUUCUACCUCCUGGACGAGCAGACCUCCAUGUUGGUGCUCGUGCCCGCUGGAAUCAGUGCUAUCAUCGAGAUAUGGAAAGUGAAAAAGGUGCUUCACGUGCGUGUGUCGUUCUCUGGGCUGCGGCCGCGGCUGUGGCGCGAGGCGGGCGACGCCGCGGAGCGCAGCACGGCGCGCGCGGACGCCGAGGCGAUGCGAUAUCUCUCCAUGCUGCUGUACCCGCUCUGCGUUUGCGGCGCGCUCUAUGAACUCGUCUACACCCCCCACAAGAGUUGGUACUCUUGGGCUCUUCACAGCGUAGUGAAUGGGGUAUAUGCAUUCGGUUUCCUGUUCAUGUUGCCGCAACUGUUCGUCAACUAUCGCCUGAAGUCGGUCGCGGCGCUGCCGUGGCGGGCGUUCAUGUACAAAGCGUUCAACACAUUCAUUGACGAUGUCUUCGCUUUUAUUAUAACCAUGCCGACGGCCCACCGCGUCGCUUGCUUCAGGGAUGAUUUGGUCUUCCUCGUCUAUCUGUACCAGAGAUGGUUAUAUCCCGUUGAUAAAUCCCGCACGGAUUCUGCUGCAAGUAUGGACGAAAACCCGGAGGAAUUGGAACCCAUAAAAGAGAAAGAGGAAUAAGCUCUACGCUAUACGGUUAUCCGAUCAGUUUACAAUGUCAUAUUGUAUUAAACCUGUGUAACGCUAAAUUGUGCUCUAUUACCUGAAUGGUAAUCUUUAUUUUAUGUUGACUGCAUAAUGAUAUUUUUAGACGCUGUUAUUUUCGAUGUUUUACGGAACAUCUCACGCUGAACUGCUACUAGACGUUAUAAUUGAUUAUUAAUAUUGAGAAAAAUAUUAUUUUGUAUAUUUUGAUUGGUAAACUAUAUUUGUUGGCUUAACUAUAAACCUCUUAUUAUGAAAUAUUUGAUUUGCUCUGGAAUAGUUAUCCUUUCUUUUGUCUCUUUUUAGUAUUUGAUACGGAACGAAAGAGACAAAGAACAAAGAAUAAUCAAUCCCGGUCUUAUCAUUUUUUGUAAUAAGAAGGAGAAACGUUAGUUUAUGUAGAUGAUGAUAAGAAGUGAAAAUAUAAUAUUUAUUGUAGGAUGGUAGUAUAUAUAUUUGUUUGUGUCUGUCCAUGACAGUUAUAUUAGUUUAAUAUAUAGAUGGCGUGCAAGACGACAGAUUGUAUUAACUCGCACUAGUUGGCGCCACUGGCGAGUGAAGUCCUAUCACAAUAAUAAUAAUAUAUUCAUUUUUGUGGACAUGUCCAUUUUGUUAGUAACUAUGACUGAAAAAAAUGAUAUCCCGCACACAUGUUCCCUAUAUCCCUAAAUUUCUGGACAUGGACUAAUGGAUAAUUGAAUCCUUAUUAUUAUUUUUUUAACUUAAAUUUCUCAUGCUUCAGCCUCCAAAAAAUUUACUGUGUCGAAUUUACUUCAUAUUUCAACUGAGAUUAUUUAUUAUUAUGUUAGUAAAUUUCGAAAGUUCUUUAACGAAGUCUAAAAUACUGAAACUACCUGAAAUAAUGGUGAAAGUAAUAUUUUUGAAACCAAAUUAUAUGAUAUAGUAUUGCUGUCAUUUCAUAAAACUUCAAUGAACACUUUGAACCAAUUUUAGUGUGUGUUAUGUCCUUUUCUCUAUGCCUAGUAAUUGUAAUAUUUAUAGAAGACAGAACAUUCAUCUAUUAAAAAUGUUCAUUAUUUUUUUAUGAAUACCCUUUUGUUAACUUGUGUCUGUAAAUAUUUUGUUAUUUAAAAAAAUGGAAUUGACGAGAUGUAAUGAUUAAUCUUUGUUUUUGAUUAAUUUAAUGUAAUAAUUGUAUUGCUAAUUUGAAAGACCUUGAAAAGACGAUAAUAUGUAUAAAAGAUAACGCAAACCAUUUAUGAGAGUCAUAAUGAAAUGGCGAAUUCAAAAUCUCAUUGACGAUAUUGGGGUAUUUGUGUAUUAUAUUUUCCAUGUAAAAGCGAUGAAAAGAAAAUUUUAAAUAAUAUUUUUUCCCUCAAAAACAAAUUGAUAAACCAAUCGUAAAUCCUCAUGUCAUAACAUAACAUUUACAUUACACGCAAUAUCGCUAUCUCACUCACCACUUUCUAUUGUCUGAAGUGAAAUAGCAUGUCGUUAUUUUUAGUCAUGUUAAUUGAAUAAAUUUUGAUAAAGAUUUUCGCAUAAGUGUGUAGUAGGAUACGAGUAUUAAUUUCACUUUAAAUUCUUACUUACACGGCUAAAGCUAUAGGUACCUUAUGCUCGAUUUUUUACGCUCGACGCAUAUUUCUGUGAUCUGCUGCUCAAAAACUAUUCGGAUCAAAUAUAAAAACACGUAUAAAAAUCCGUCCACAAGGUACCUUUACCCUUUGAACGUCACAAAUUUGAUAUAUAGGUACUCCGUAUUGCAUUUUAGAGGCUGUUUAUGGUGCUGCGUGCGUGACGACUGUAUUUUGAUAACUUAUUAUAUGCGCUAGUUCAUAUACAGUAGUAGAUAGAUGUAAUCUGUCUAAAAAAACUAUGCGGUUAUAGUAUACCAUGUGAAGAGCGAGACACGAUUAAAAUUCGUGAUUCCUGGUAUUGGAUAGCCAUUUCGACUGAGAUAGUGAGUGGGAAUUGUUCAUCUCUCGCACGUAAGAUGACAUCAUGUCUCGUCACACAAAAGACGAAUACGAAUUCGAAAAAUUCGAGUCUGUAUUGAGUGAUUUAUUGAAUUCUUUUUCAAAACACAUAUCGCCUACCCUGAUCCCACUUUGUGUGGAGUAGGACAUGGUGUACCCAACACCAUGUCCGUCUCCUCCACUCCUCACUGUCUGAUGUUAGCCGAAGCCGAUCUGUAACUUUCCUCCUUAUAUUCUACCUGCCUACCUCGUUAUCUGAAUUGAGCACAUUCUAGUUGUGAAUGAUCAGUGUCAAAUAUGUGCGAGAGAUAAAGUCUAACCUCGAGUGGGGUCAGCGUAAUCGCCAAUUGUUACUAGUAGUUAGUGGUCUUAGCGGUUAAGGCUCGGCGCACCAAAUUUAGUGUAUUUUUUAUUCAGAUUCUAAAUCAGGCAUUUGCGUGCCGAAUAUGUACUUCGGAUGUUUUCUUGAAUAUAGGAAAUUUUGCUGAGGAUACAACACAAUCUGAUAUACUAUACUACUUUUAUUUUUUUGUUGUUCGUUCCUUCGGCAAUCGACCUUAUUAGUUCUCAAAUAAAGUUCACAACGCCACUUUUUCAUUCCAUGUGAGAUGCCUUCUAGGAAAGCCCCACUUAAGAUUUUACUUGCUGCGGAACUUCGCUUUCUUACCAAAGAAACAUUUCUUUACCAAAGAAAUUGGCUCACCAUUUGCUUUCGGUGGAAUUCCGGUGAAGGAAAUGUUCGCGAGGAAAGUUGCACACUAAACUAUUUAGAUCACUUAGAUCACUAGCUAGUGUGUAUGCGAUGACUGCCAUCUGCCUUUAAAAUCUGACUCCAUUAUAAAGACUAGUAGCAUGAUUGCUGCCCGUUGAAAAAUAUUAAAACAAUAUGAUGCUAUAAAACAUGAAGAUAAUUCCAAUCUGUUGAGGCUGUACUUGGAUUUAAGUAGUUUGUCUAAUGUAUAUGUAUUUCUAUUUCUAGAUUAGUGUAUACUCGUAUGUCCUUGAAUAGCAGGGUGCGUCGUGGCGUAGCUUUAGUGUAUUCAAUUUUUUAAACUUGUUAUUAAAUAACAAAAACGUUAUAUUGCGACAACGACUGCAUUUCAUACGAAUUACUUUUAUUAAAUAACUUUUACCUAGAUGAUAUUCUUUUUGGGAAGUGACCUGUAUUCGAUUGGAUUUUAUUUAAAAAUACAUUAAGACUAGGCCAAGCAGCGCUUUAGUGCCACCAAAUAGGUUUUUUUAUUUUUCAAUUUAUAGCGAACACUAAAAAUACCAUGGACAGGACAUUAUGCGAUACUAGAUUAAUAAUUUUAAGUAUUAUAUUCUUCCAUUAUACAAUAUGUAGACACAAUUUAAAAAGAAAACGACUUCCAUCAAAAUUAUGGUGAUAAAUUGUGGCAACUGUGUCCAAUAGAAAACUAUAAUUCUUAUUAUAUCAAUGAUCUAGGCGGCAUAUUUUUUAGAUUUCGCUAUUUAUUAAAAUAAAUUUGUUAAACAUUUGAUGGUGGCACUAGCGUGCGGGUUGAACCAGUCCUAAUUAAUAAUUUAUUUGAACGAAAUUGAUUUUGGUUAAGAAUUACCUUAUAUUGUAUAUUUUAUUUUAAUUAUACGAUAGUUCUUUUGAAUUGUCACAAAACCAUCACAAUAGGCAUAGACGCUAGAUAAACGAUCGCGGUUACACGGUGUGAAGAGAAAUAUAAAUAUUGAUAAAAUUAAAUUAAUUUAGGUAACUAUUUAAAUGGUCAUUUCCAUUUGAUAUAUAUACUUGUGUUAGAAUGUUUCCUCAUAUAAUUAAAAAUGUAAAUUUUUGUAUUCACUAGAAGUCAAAUAUAUCAUCAUAAUACACAAAUGUUUUAGCAGCUUCGUGUUCAUUUUUUACAGUUUUAGUGUACGGUGUGAAUAAGCGGUUUUUACAUAAUAUUUGACUCCAAGUGUAUGCCAAACUUUAUAUUGCCAGAAGGAUAUUUUACAUUUAACAAUAUUUUGUUUUACUUUAGAAGGGAGCUACCUUAUUUCUCUGUACAUGUUAUAUUUAGGUAUAUGACGCAGUUUGUGUAUCAAUCAAUAUUGUAUCCAACGUAUAAUUGAAAUUGUCACAAAACAUGGUAAUGGGAAACAUUUAUUGGCACAAUAAAGACAUGUUAUAUA